AUGGCAACCAAUCGAAGUCUCCAAGUACCCUCAACUUCAACCGCUUCACUGGAGGUCCCGAAGCUUGGGACCAUCACCGGAAUCCUAUACAAUGGAGGCGAAUGCACUCAGUACCUUGGCAUAACCUACGCCAACAUUCCAGGACGUUUCCGACGUUCUAUUCCUGCACAGGAGCCAUGGCCCAUGAGAACUUGUGACGGCACGAAACUCGGCCCCUACUGCCCUCAACCCCCGCGAGAUUUCUACCCUGUGCCUGAUCCGCCAACCCGGACAUGGCUCAACACCCCCGAAACCGAUGAAUUUAACUGCCUCAACCUCAACAUCUCCAUUCCCAAACACGAUGCCGCAAAGGGACCACUGCCUGUCAUGGUGUUCUUUCACGGCGGGGCAUACGCGUACUCGACCGGAGCUUCCCCUAUUUACGACGGCCGGCUCCUUGCAACGUCGUCCGCAAUGGACAAUGAUACGCCCACUAUUGUUGUAACGCUAAACUAUCGCUUGGGAGUCUACGGCUUUCUUGCUGGUACAGAUCUCGAGGCCUAUGCUGCCGCGAAUGGAGAGUCCGGGACCGGGAACUACGGCAUCUGGGACCAAAUCUUGGCUCUUCGUUGGAUUCAAAAGCACAUCUAUUCAUUCGGCGGAGAUCCGAAGCGUGUUUGCAUAUUUGGACAGAGUGCAGGCAGUCAAAGCGUUGUCUGCCACGUCAACCGCGGGGAACAGUUAUUCUCCAGUGCAAUCAUGCAAUCAGGCCUAUUAUCUCUUUGCGGCAUUUUCACUCCAGCACAGUACCAUGUAGUAUUUGAGAAGAUGCUUGGGCAACUGGGCCUAUCGCUCGAGUCAACCCCUGUCCAGAGAGCCGAGGCGAUUGCAAGUGUACCUGAGAAAGCUCUGACUGAGGCCAUGAUGCCUGUGUUUGGCAUUCCGGUUGUCACUAUGGCCUUGUGCGACGACGGAGUCUUACUUCCUGAAAUGGCCAAGGCAGCCAGUUUGUUCGACUUCCAAGUUCCAGAAUUCGUUGAUCGCGUGAUGAUUGGCGAUGCAUUACAUGAGUGCAUCAUCUGGAACAAGUCGUGGAACCAUCUGGAUGCAGCUGACCUGCUUACGGAAAUGUCAGUGUUCAUGGGCGAAAAGAGCAAAAUAGUUGCGGAUCUCUACGGUAUUCAUGCCGGUCUAUCCCAGAAGCAGACCUUCGAUGUCAUUGAACGCAUGACAACAGAUGGACUCUAUCGGAUCCCCAAUUAUCUUGCCGAGUUGGCUAUUCCACACAGUUACGCCUAUCAUUUCAACGUGCCGUCUCCGUACGAUAAUGAGUGGGGGGGUCUUUGCCAUCACAGUUUCGACAAUGUGCUUGUGUGGGGGGUCCUGGAACAUACUCUGCCACCGGAACAACAGGAAAUUGGCAAGGCCAUGAGGUCCAUGUUUAUCAAAUUUGCGAACAAUGUUGAGCCAUGGGAGGCUUUUGAGCAUGUAGGCAAGUUUUGCAUCUUCGGGCCAAAAGAUGUGAAGCAGCAAACGAACAAUGAGUUUGACCGAGAGUCUUACCAGAGGUGGGACAAAAUUAAACAGGAAGGGUUGGUGGAGCCUCUCUGGAAGCUAUCGGAGGAGCUCAACUUGCAAAGAAGAAGACUACUUUCUAAAUAG